AUGAACGUUGUUUCCCCUCGUCUCCCCAGGGUGAAUGACUGUGUGCUGCGUGUGAACGAGGUGGAUGUGUCUGAGGUGGUCCACAGCCGGGCGGUGGAGGCCCUGAAAGAGGCUGGCCCUGUGGUCAGGCUGCUGGUCAGGAGAAGACAGGCCCCUCCUGAGACCAUCCUGGAGAUCAACCUGCUGAAGGGGCCCAAAGGUCAGCGAUAUAUACUACAUACAUGAAUGAAUCCUCAUUGUGAGGGACAGGAUUUUCUAGGCCCCUAAAACUUAACAAAACCCCUGUUUCCUUGGGAAAUUCUAGUUCAACUCUGAAAUUGGAACAUAAAUUGAGAGUAUUUCCGAGAACUUGAAUUGAAGAUUUUCUGCUAUUUUCUAUUCUUCACUUAGCUGUCUAAAAGGACGUGGAAUUGACCCCAACCCCUAGAGAUCAGCCUGUGAACCAGUACUGACUGUCCUCUGUGUGCUUCUCACCCCCAGGCCUUGGCUUCAGCAUUGCUGGGGGGAUCGGCAACCAGCACAUCCCUGGAGACAACAGCAUCUACAUCACAAAGAUCAUCGAGGGCGGGGCCGCGCAGAAAGACGGACGGCUGCAGACCGGAGACCGCCUGCUAGCUGUAAGACCACAUCUACUCUUGACCUUCGUUCAUUAACUGAGCUUACCCCUGCUUUGAUGUAGCAGAGGUGGUUUGGUGAAGCCAGAGGGAAUGCCUAGACUUAAGCUCAGCAGCCUAACACAGUCUUGUUCCAUACCCAGUCAGUCACACAGAUACUGAGCUCUAAUGGAUGCCCAAGAACACUCUUCAUUCUCUUAUUGUAAUGUUAAGAUAUACUUUAUUUGACUUGGACGAUAGAGUGCUGCUGCUUCCACAUAAAUACAUAGCAUCAAUUGACACAAAACCCCAUCAUACACACCCCCUCCCCACCCACACAAAAAGUGAAUAAGUUCAUGUCAGGCAAGGCUGUGACUAGCGGGCAGUUCCACAUGAUGAAGGCCUACAGUUUAUAUCUGUUCAGCCUGCAUAUAGGCACCAUGUAGCCUCCUCGAUGGCAUCAGCUGGAACUCUGCGUUCAGUGCCUGUCUGAUGAUGGUCUCCUGGAAAAUGUCCUGGAGAGAGGAGGGAAGUAUCAUGCCUAUAAUCUUCCCUGCUGUCUUGGCCAGUCUCAAGAUUUAGGCUUUGAGCGAUUGAUCUCCGUAGUCCCGUAGUGCUGGGAGCUCCUUCCUGGUGUAUGUCCAUGAAGCCCGAUCACCCUGUGCCAAGUGCAGCAUCGUAGCAGUGGAACAUUGCGUGACGCUGAAUAUAAUCAGCCAUGUUAGUAGUAGUCCAGUAAUCCUUGCCAGUCACUCGUGCGUUAAAUGCAAAAUAGUGUGCAUUACUUUCCCUAGUUUGUGACAAAACAAACAAACAAAUAAAGUUGGGCAGUACUCGUGUCCAUGGCUGCUUGCAGAGCAGUGCCAGAGUUCUUUUUUAUGUGGUCUUUACUCUCCAUCCCCACCUACAUUCAUACCCUGCACACAUCAGGACACUGCCACUUUGGUGGGUGCCUCUCUGUGCCCAUCCCUGGCCGUUCCUCAAGAGAGCCAGGCGAGGCGACACUCAUCAGCGUUUAUUUCCAUGUGUGUGAUUGAUACGGUGCUGGAGACGGGGCACAAACAGCCCGGCUGCUCCCCGGGCAUAUUCUGUGCCACACUGGUAGAACAUAAAGAGAACCACCUGCCAGGCUGA